CAUUUGUGUGAGUGUAUGUGCGUAUCGAUAAGCAAUAGGUAGAACAGUAGAACAAUUAGAAACUAGGAGCCAUACCGUGUAUUCGCUACAUACCAUUGCCGCCACCAAGUUGACGUCUGCCAUAAAUCAAAACAACAGUGACCAACAAACUUAACCCUCUCUUCUCUAGUCAGUGAAGACCACGAACGUGUGUCGCGUGUGUCCUGUGUUCUCUGCUGUGUGGUUUUAUAAAAAUAGAUACUGUUGUUUGUAUCGCCCACACACACCCGAGCGACUGUUACGGUUGCGAGAUCCAUCUUACCGAACACUGCCACUGAGAUUAAAGUCGUCCAAAUAGCGAAGCAAGUGUUACCAUUUUUUCGGUGUUCGAAAUCGCGCGAAAACGAGCCCCGUACCGAUCGAUACGAAUUUGAGAACCAAAACAAAGGAACCGGCCAAAACAACCGACCAUCUGACGGUGCCAAAAAUCGCGAACCCCGCAAACCGGUUACUGCGCGAAGAAGGAAAGUGCAAAUCCCGUGUGCCAAGCGUAAAACGAAGGAAAGAGCGAGGUAGCUCAGGAGCCCCGGCGAACGAUCUCACCGACGGAAACGACGGAAAAAACCCAAUCCCUGGACCCCGUAAGAUGGCUGCCAUGGUUUCGCAGCGCUGUGCCGUCUUCGCACGGUCCGUUUCCCGGAUGAACGUCCUGUGUGCGUCACGGGCCGCCUCGACGGGAGCCAACGAUGGUGGGAACUAUCACCACCCAACCGGCGGUCACCUGACGAUGGGCGGCGCCGCCAAACAGAUGUCGGCGGCCGACAUCAAGAAGAUCCCGGACGACGAGGUGAAGAAGUCCGUCUUCAUCUCGCAGUCGAACGACGUGUUCACCAACCUGGCGCUCGAGGACUGGAUCUACAAGAACUUCGAUCUGACGCACCACCACAUCCUGAUGCUGUGGAUCAAUCGGCCGUCGGUGGUGGUGGGACGGCAUCAGAAUCCUUUCAGCGAAACGAAUGUGGCCGCCCUGGCGCGGAACGGUAUCGAGCUUGCGCGGCGCAACAGCGGAGGAGGCGCCGUGUACCACGACCCGGGAAACCUGAACUGCACCUUCUUCAUGCCACGGGCCCGGUACGAUCGAAAGUACAACCUGAAUCUGGUUACGCGCGCUCUGUACCGGGAGUACGGAAUUAGUGCGGAGCUGACGGAUCGCGACGACAUAGUGCUGCUUGGAAAGAAGCAGGUAUCGGGUACGGCGGCAAAACUGGGCCAACCGAAUGCUUAUCAUCACUGCACCCUGCUGGUGAACUCCAACAAGCUCCACCUCGGAGCAUCCCUUGCCAAAGAUAACGUCGAAAUAACGAGCAAGGCCACCGCUUCCAUCCCUUCGCCAAUCAAGAAUCUGGUUGACGUGAACCGUAGCGUUAACAUACAGCAGCUCCUAUCGGCCGUCGGAUAUGAAUUCCUGCGAACGCCAGCCACCCAGCUGACUGAUGGUGGCCGGGAGCUGCUGAUGAAACAGCGGGGCUUCCAGUUGAUCAAUCCAACCGACAAGUGGUUCCCGGGCAUUAGCGAGCUGCGCGAAAACUUUGCCUCGUGGGACUGGCGGUUUGGCAAGACGCCCGCCUUUUCCGUGCAGAAGACGAUCGAAAUGAAAUCAGCAGCGAACACUAGUGAACAGCACCCCGAGAUGAAGGUGAAGGUAGACGUGGAAAAGGCACUGAUUAAGGAAAUUAGUCUCGUUCUUCCGAACCACGAACCAAUUCCGGUUGUCUCGGAUAUGGUUGGCCAACCGUACGACGAGGAUUGUUUCAAUGGCAUCGUGGAUGCCCUAAAGGGUGCCAACACUGAGAGCAUGCGCCACGCUAUGGGCUUAUGAAGUUUGGUUCUUCCGGCAACGGUUUCGGCCGCUUCAUCAUGCCACACACCGGAAGGCGACGAUCAUAGCAACAACAACCGAUAGCGAUCACCACCGAACGGCCACUUCAGCUGGGCCUUCUGUUUCGACGAAGAAUUGUUUCUGAAUGUGUUUGUGGAAUGACCCUACUUCCCAUCCAGCGUUUGUCUGACCGGGGCCCGCGAGGUCGUGGAGGGCUUGUCCCUGUAGCAACAAUUCCGCUGACCAAUUGGACUAUCCGACAAUGGCGCACCCCCCCGUAAACUAAACCCCGGCCAUCGAAUGCCUUAUAAUCACUACCACUACCAUGGGGCAGAGAACUUUUGAACCAGUGCAAUGGAUUGAAAUUAAAUUCAUUUAUUGAUACCUUCUUGACUCAAGCGAAAGCGACAGUAAACAACAAAACAAUGGCUACCACCUCACCCAUCCAGCUGCAAGCUCCCAAACCUCUACAGUUGCGGCAAAUACAUACGAAUAGGGGCCCGGUCGCGGGGUCGACCUUGCACUGCACGUCCACAACAACAUCGCACCGCUAAUCAGCUGUUUGUUUGCCGGUUGGCGCAAGAAAGUAGUUUAGUGAUGCGACCCACACAAAAAAGGAAAUUUCAUCGACCGUCGAAGGUGACCACUUACUCACAAACGCCCAGUGCCUUCUUAAAAAAAGCACGCUUAGACACUUAUGAAUAGUCAGCGGAAAUGAGGGAAAAAACAAAAUUAGCACACAAAGUACGGUCACAACCGCCAAUCGAUGUGGGUUUUGAAAACCAAAAUGUAACUGACUCAUAAAACCUUGGACUUUUCGAUGCCGGUCUUUUGUUCGUGUAUGUGAGAGAGAGAGAGAGAAGGAUAGAGAUCGAGUGCAUUAUGAUUGCAACAGUAGAUCAUGAUCGUUAGGUGUCAUAAAGUGAUAAUGGGGUUGCCAGUGCGCACAACACGACAACAAAUUAAUCAAAAUGUAUUCAAUAGGCACUGUUUUUACGACGGACGGCCAAGCUUUAUCGUAGGCUGAAGGCAACGGUAGGCUCAUCUAGUUUUUAGUCACACUUUCUUACCUUGACGAUCACUGCACCCGUGUAAGUGUUUAGUUACUUAGUUUUUAUUCUGUAUCGGUCGGUGACCGGUUGCUGCGUGUUUCGGGCCUCGUUUCAUCGCCUUCAAAAGGAACGCGCAGCACCGACACCGAACGAGAAGGAUACAUCGAAGAAUACGAUCAUAUCAUUUCGUUACGCAUGCUGCCCGGUCGCGAGUCCUGGUUCGACCGGUGGUCCAGACCCGCCAAAAGGACUCCCGUGUAGAACCUUCUGACGCUAGGCUUUAGUUUGGAACUUCAAUUUAUUCACUUUUCUUUUGCUGAUUGGUUUUACUAUUGUUUCGUUUUACUUAGCCGCCACCGACUGGCGAAGACGGCGCAGCAUAGAGCAAAAGGCUCAACUUAGGCUGUUAAUGAAAAUAUUGACCAGUUCGUAUAUUUUGCUUAUCGUUAGUUACCGGCUAAGAUAACUAGUAAUUGAACAAGAAAUUAAGACAAUAACAAAACUAAAACGCGCUAUGAAUCGAAUCAGCUACGAUGCUUUUGUGUUAUCCGAAAAAUACCAGCCAAAUGGUUAACUUUGUUAGUUCGUAAACAGUUAAUUAAUGAAGCAUAGCUAAUAAACUGCAAAUGAAACAAAUAAUUGCUUAAGAUCGAACGAUGGAACAGUUUUCUUUUUCCGUUU